CCUGGGAAGUGACAUCUCAUCGACUCCAGUGUGACAGAAAAUUCCCACUUUCCGAGUUUGUUCUCGUCGUGAGCUGAGAUUUCCCACAGCUCCUGAAGGCAGCAGGAUGCGUCCGGUCAGCUCGCGCCGCAGCCGUUAGUUUAGUAGUAAAGAACCAUGUAAAGAUGGCGGAGCUACAGAUGCUGCUGGAGGAAGAAAUUCCUGCGGGACGGAGAGCGUUACUGGACAGCUUCACCAACCUGGAGAGAGUGGCGGAAUACUGCGAAAGCAACUAUGUCCAGUCUGCAGACAAGCAGCGAGCGCUGGAGGAGACCAAGAGUUACACCACCCAGUCUCUGGCCAGCGUCGCCUACCUCAUCAACACGUUGGCCAACAACGUGCUGCAGAUGCUGGACAUCCAGGCCUCGCAGCUCCGCCGCAUGGAGAGCUCCGUCAACCACAUUUCACAGACCGUCGACAUUCACAAAGAGAAGGUGGCGAGGCGGGAGAUCGGCAUCUUGACCACCAACAAGAACACGUCCCGCUCGCAUAAAAUCGUCGCUCCGGCCAAUCCGGAGAGACCGGUGCGCUACAUCAGGAAGCCCAUCGACUACAGCGUGUUGGACGACAUUGGACAUGGAGUCAAGUGGUUGUUGAGGUUCAAGGUGAACGGCCAGCAGAACAUGAAACUAGGAGGCGGUCUGUCCCGGUCCAACCCCCCCACCCAGAAACCGCCCAGCCCUCCGAGGGCAGGCAAGGGCAUCUUAGGGAAGAACUCCCCCUACAGAACCCUGGAGCCAGUGCGCCCCCCAGUGGUGCCCAAUGAUUAUGUCUCCAGCCCCACCAGAAACAAUAUGGCCGCCGGGCAACUUCCCAGUCCGGCCCGCACCGCCACCCUCAACCAUCGACCCCGAACAUACAGUGGGAGCAGUGGAGGCAGUCACCCCAGCAGCAGCAGUCGGAGCAGCAGCAGGGAAAACAGCGGCAGCGGCUGUGUGGGAGUUCCCAUCGCCGUGCCGACACCCUCCCCACCCUCCACCUUCCCAGUUUCCCCGACUACUGGACCAGCAAGCUCCUCCUCUACCGCUCCUAACUCCUCCCCCUCCCCCUCCCCGACUCCUUCCUCCUUCUCCUCCUCUUCCUCCACAACAACCUUAACACAACCCAACGCAUCCUUGCCACCAAACUCACCCGCACAUCCUACUGACUCCACUCCUCAAUCAAACUUACAAUCAAACGCACCCGCCAACGCUUCCCCACCCUCUAACCCCGCCCCCGGCACAUCCGAGCUCCAAUCCGGUGUUUUUCCCGGAGAAGUGUCUCCCCUCCUUCCUCCUGCUCCUCCUCCUCCUCUCUCCUCCUCCUCCUCCUCCUCUUCACCUGCUGAAGGUCCUAUUGUCCCUCAGUUCUACAGCAUGAACCGACCUCAGCCACGACAGCAGGCUCCACAGGUGGGGGGGUCACUGCCGUAUCGCCGCCCCCCCUCCGUUACCGGUCAGCCAAUCGUAACACAGAACCAGGUCAACGGUGGUCCGUACUACAACCAGAGCCCAGCCUCCCCACCUCCCCCCUCCCUCCUCCAGUUCACCCCUCAGCUUCCUCUGAUGGGUUUUGUUGCUCGAGUUCAGGAGUCCAUUUCAGACGCCCCUCCUCCCCCUCACCCUGCCGCUGAUGAGAGCCAAUCAGGGCCUGAGGAGCCCCCGCCUACUCCUCAGCCAUUGGAGGAUGGACAUGAAGAGGAGGACUCAGCAGUGAUGGAGUACAGCGACCCGUACGCUGAAGAAGACCCGCCGUGGGCCCCCAGAAGCUACCUGGAGAAAGUGGUGGCCAUCUACGACUACACCGCCGACAAAGAGGACGAGCUGUCGUUCCAGGAAGGAGCGAUCAUCUACGUCAUCAAGAAGAACGAGGACGGCUGGUAUGAAGGAGUGAUGAACGCCACCACCGGCCUCUUCCCCGGGAACUACGUGGAGUCCAUCAUGCACUACGCUGACUGAGGAAGAAGAAGAAGAAGAAGAGUGUUUGUCUUGUUUGUUGAGUCGCUCCUCUGUCGUCUCUCAGCUGCAGUUCAACGUCUUGGAUCUGAACUAAAAAGGGAAAAACUGACUCGUUCCUACACAAACCAAUCACAAGCAAAUCAGAGCCUGUGAACAAAAAUCAUUGGUUCACUAAUAUUUUAUUGUGAGUAUGUGACAGAAUGUGAUUCCAGCUGAUCCCUCUCUGUCUACCCACAGUUCUUUGCUGGUUCAGAUUAUGUUUUAAAAUAAUGAAUCUGCAGUUCUCUUGUUAGAAGAAGACUGAGGCAUUUCCAGGCGUCUUAAUGUUAUUUGGUGAGAGUUUGGUGUGAAGGUGGCGAACAGCUCUAUGAUGGAAAGUUAAAAAAGAACAUAGAGAUGUGUUUUUAAAUUUAGUUUUCUUAUGAUCCGAAGAAAUUCAUUUUCCUUGAACUCACUGAAUAAUCAGUGUUAGCUGAACUCACAGACUUAUCAGCAUCUUCGUCCGUCCAGAAUAAUCGUCCAUAAAUCGACUUUCACAGUCCCAGAGGAAACUGUGACGUGACACGUCUUUGUGUCGAAUCCCAGAGUUUAAAAAGAGAUUUGAAGGAAACUGUAAAAACCACCUUUGCACAAAACACUGAGUCCAGAUAGAGAUAUCAUUAUUUCCCCUCCCCCCUCUUUUUUUUUCUUCCUUCCUUUCUGUUUGGCUUGAAACACUUUGAAUAUCCUGUCUUUGGCCUUUUUUUUUUGACUUGUGUUAUUAGUCAGUCAAGGAGAAAUCAUAUCGUCACUACUUAAUCACACAAAUACUUAAGUCUGGUUUACUGAUCAUUGAUCGUUAAAAAUGGUCGAUGAUUAUUUAAAGGAAACUAAUGACAAAAUGUUGGGAAGGGUAUUUCUGUUAUUUGUGGAUGAAAAUGGCUUUAAAGUUAUAUUCCUUGAAAUUUCAGUCCUGGUUGAUGUGGUGACACCUGUGGUUACCAUGGUAACAGUAGUGUGGUUAAGUUGAGCAGCUGAAUCUGUUUCCAGUGCAGCCAAACAAACUCAGCGAUCAUCACUUCCUCCUUCUGACUUCCUGCUGCGCACUCAGCCACACAACAGCAGGACACAGUCAAAGAGCUGGAGGUGUGCAGUCUGUGACUGCUUCAAAAUAAAAGCCCCCCUGUGUGUGUCCAGAUAAAGUCUUUUAAAGUGAAGCAGCAGCGGCAGGAAAUGUUGUUUACAUGAGCAGUAACUGAAUCCAGCUGUGAUCCAGCUGUAGGAGAGUGAAUAUCCAUCAGAUUAAACACUGGAUCACAGGUUGCAUCACUUCCUGUCGGUCCCACCUGCUGAGUCGGAUGAUCUGAGCGUCAGAAACAGGUUCAUGAAAACCUUAAGGAUGAUAACUUGAAGACUAAUGAGUGUGUGGUGUACAGUAGCCGUGUCCCAUCAGUGGCCCCAACAGCUGGAGGUCGACAGCUGGAUCCAUUAAUGAUGUGAUGGAGGUGAUGGAGUUGCAUCACUUCAAAGAGUGAGAAAACACUUUUUCUAACGCGAUGAAGGUCGAACACAAACAUUGUUGAUGCACAAUCUGCAUCAUUCUUAAUGAAUUUCUGAGAUAAUCUCAUAACAGUAUUAAUUGUUGUAGAGUUUUAGUACCAGAUACUAAGCUUUGUAAAUACACAGCCCCUCAAACGUCCAGAGGAGAGUCCAAUAUCUUAUUCCAAACUGCAGAUCGCUCUGUUUCCUCUUUUCUCCUCCUUUAAAAUAACUCCCUCCUCCUCCUCCUCCUCGUUCUCCUGCUCUUGUCUUAAUAAUAGAAGGGAUCACUCAGACUCUGUUCUGUGUCUCUUUAGGUUUCUGAGUAGUUUUCUGUUGUACUGUAGCAGCGCUGGAGUCUCUCUGCUGCAGCUUGUUCACUUUGGGAAUUAAAAGCCAUCGUGGCCAGUGGACGUCGAACCGAACUGACCACUACACCUUCACACCACAGGUCAGAGUUCAAACCAGUUGAUAUUCAGUGAAUUAGUAGGAAUAGUAGGAACUCCUCGUUCUUUCGUUCCCCUCCACCUUUCUUCAUCUUUUUUUGUCUUAUUAAAAUUAAGAAUCAAAAAGAGAUGCCGAGGAUUCUGGGAGAGGAAGUAGAGUCGAGAAAGACACCGAAGCUUUACAGAGAAAAGAGAGAAAACUACAAUAACACUCAAAGGUUUUGAAUUUGUAAACGAAGACGAAGCCGUCCUGCUGUGAUGGACAGUGUGUGUCUCUGCUGCCAUAACGUCACACAUCCUUCUCCGAUGUGGAAGCUGUGACUCGAGCCUGAGAAGUGCCUGGUAGUUUAGUUUCACCACGAGGACAGAAGUAAAAACAAACCCAAGUCCCACAGACGCAGCACAGCGACGGGAAACAGAUUCACCUGAACACUUCAGGUGAAUCUGUUUCUGAUUGAUUAAAGAUCAAUUAAGAUGUUUUUUUUCUCUCCAGUCUGAACUCAGACCAAAUGAUUUGAACCACAAAGAUGAAUUAUUACCUGCGUCUCUGCUGGUUUGGUCUCAAAUAUCUCAACAACUAUUGAUGGAUUGUGAUGAAAUUUUAGUUUGAGUGACAUUUUCAAUUUGCACGUUAAAACAUUUGCAAAAGUGCAAAAUUGAAAAGUUGAAAUGAUGCAAAAAAAAAUAAAGAAGUUUAAGAGUUGUUAUGUGAAUAAAACCCAAAGAUUGUGAGAAAAGAAAUUGACUGAUUAUUAAUAAAAAUGAUUAUUGCAGUUCAGCCAGAAUUAUUUUUCCUGAUGAAAAAGCUUCUCAAACACUAAAACUCCAGUGAAACCACAAACACUGAGGUUAACAUUACAACAGUUAACAUCAAGUUUAAUUAUAUGUGAUUAAAAUAUAAAGUAUUGAUCGAUUCAAACCAAACUUUAUCAGUAAACUGAACGAUUCAACACGAACUCUCAGGCUGGAUUUGAGCUUCUCCUCUGUGGGUUUUCCUGUAGUGACGCAGUGAAGUGGAGCUGGAGGUUUUGGACCUGUUGCCAGUUUUGAAGUUUACAGUGUGUUUGCCUGCAUGCCUGAUAUAUAACUGACAUUUUUAUUCACAGUGUUUUCAUAUUCUUUUUUUUUUUUUCUUUUUUUUUCUAUAGUUUCACCAACUUGCUUUAUUCUGUCUGAUCAGCUGGAGGCUGAGACGUUUCUGUCCAGUGCUUCUUUUGGUUGUAACGACCCUUUAAGAUGGAGGUGGAUCUUUUUGUGCCAUUUAUCAGUGUGUUGUGGCGUGAAUAGAGGUGCAUCUGUGUGUGUGUGUGUGCGUGCGUGCGUGCAUGCGUGCGUGUGUGUGUACCAGUGUUAACCAAACCUUCCCUUGUGGACUCUUGUUGACUGAAGUGACUGUGGACCUGAACCGUGUUUCCUUGUACAGUGUUAUUUAAGAGGCGUUUUACCUCAAACACCAGAGUGUGCCACACCAGUGACUUUAGAAAGAGCAGCGUUAAUGUAUUUUUUUAGUUAAGCUAGUGUGUAAUUUGAUUCAGACAUAAAGGUAGAGCCGGUGUGUGAGCUCUUUGAGAAAGACGUUUGUCCUGUUGACCAAAGAAAUAUGUUGAUUUAAGAGCGACGUCGAACAGCCUCGUCCACACCUGGCCACGCGCUCAGGAUCACAGAACCACAAAGCUCCACGCGGCUCCCGGAGAAACUGGGAUCAACGAGCGCAGCACGAGAGAUGUGGGCAGACAUCUAAACAUUUUGUGGCAUACUCUGGUUUUUGUUUUGCCUGCAAUAUCCCUUUAACCGCUGUGGACUGAGAGAGGAGGUGAUCUGUGAAAUGUUCCAGCCGGUUUCUCUGAGGAUGAUUUCUACCAGGAACCUGCUUCUGUUUUUCUCCCUGCAGACGACAAACCUUUAGGAUCACAGUUUAAAUCUGAAACCAGAUCUAGACAAGUUCACAAAUUACACAAAACAACAAUAUUUAUUGUUUGACCGUGUUUUCAGGGCUGGUUGUAUAAAACUUGCUCCUAAACUAGGACUCAAAAGCUAAAUACAAGAUGUUUCCCCUGAUAUUAAGGAUGUUAUUUAUAAAAGAAGGAUAUAGUAACUGUGGACGUCCUGUUAAGUGUUUGACCGUGAACCAAAUAUAUGUUUAAUUAUUCCUGUUUUUAGGAGGCCAGCCUAAAAAGAAAUGAAGCUUUUAAUUUUUUUGUUUUGGUUUCAUGACCUAAUUCAUAUCACACGUUUAGUUCAUGCUGAACCCGUGACGUCGUUUACUCUGCAGCGUGUCAUACGUACCGGCCCAGUCCUUUAUUUCCCUUCAGAUCGUCUGACUCUCAUUUUAAUCUGAUCGUCAUUCUGCAGCGGGUUCCUGGUAGAACAUGACAUCUGGAGAACCGUUCUGUUUUCCCAAGUGAACUGGACUGAAAGCACAUUGAUCUUUUGUAAGAAAGAAGAAAGGUGAAGUGACUGAGUAAAUGUUUUAACAGCC